AUUUUCAUUGCAAGAUGGCAGCCCCCAUACAACAUUUUUCAUUACAGGAUUGUAGAAAUGCCUUAAAUGAUAUUUUAGAUGCCUUCAAAGAGGGAGAUAACUUCCAGAGAUUAGAAGAAGCAAAGGUUGCUGCUGGGAAUGAUAUGCUGCGAUGUAUGCAAAUUGUAUUCCCAGUGGCCACAAACAUUCAGAUGGACGUUAUAGAAAGAUAUGGUUUCCCAGCAGAUGGAGAAGGUAUUAUUCGAUUUACCCAAGCAGUAAAAAUGUACGAAAAACAGGAUGAGGAAAUCCAGCAGUUGAACCACACCUUGAAAACAAUCCUAAUACCUACUGUUACAGUUAUACCUAGUGGACCAGAACAGCAUAAUGGGUCAUGACCAACUUUAUACAGAAGCAGUGCCAUAAAAAGUUGUGUUCUCAAAGUUUUCAUACCACAGACCCAAAAAAUUCGCUAUAGAUCUUCUUUGAUACCUUAUACCUAUGUAUGUAAUUCUAUUUCAUAAAUUCAUCAUGUGAGCAACAUUUUCUCUGAAGACUGCCUAGAAUACAACAAAUAACAUGCAUUCAUAAUUAUUAUGUUACAAUUGUAAAGUGAAAUAAAUUAUCAAUAUCUUACUGUUCUUACCCAAUGUACCUGUAGAUGCUUUUUCACGUCAUUUCAUUCAGAUCAUUCUAUCAUAAACACAAUUUUUUGAGCGUCAUUUUUGUAAUGUAAGUGAUAGAAGCAGAGAAAACUGGGCCUCACCUUUUUUCUUAAAAAAAGUUGUAUCAUGUCAAGUAUUUAAGGUGAUUAUUUUUGAAUGAGUGAGAUAGCCCAUUACUUAUAUAUGUUUUGACAAUUAACAUCACAGACAGCAUUUCAAUGUCUUCAAAAUUUGAAAAAAAAUAAUAAAUUUAUUCCUAGAAACAUAAAAAAUAAAAAGGUCUUUUCAUUCUAUUUACAGACAGAUUUGUACCACAAUACACUUUCAUCUUGCAAAUACAUGUAUUAAAAUACGAUGAAUUGGAUGCAUUAAAUGAACAAAGAAUUUAGUCCUCUGGAAGUAUUUUUAAAAAUAUUCACCUUGUGAAUGCACUUGUUAAAAUUGAACAUUUUGAUAAUGAUCCUUUUAAAUUGUAAAAAAAACAUUUAUUUUAAAAAAAAUAUUUUAAUUUUAAUUGCAUGUU